AUGGGUUCUCAGUUUGAUGCUUCGGAGUUGACGCCCUUCAAGGUGCUCGUCCUCGGCGGCUGCUACGGGGGACUGUCCGCUGCGCUCAAUUUAAUAGACCUUUCGGAGGGACGCGCCGCGCGACAAGGCAACGGAGCCGUGCCAGGCCAUGAUGGCAAGAUCCCAAUCGAUAUCACAAUUGUCGAUGAGCGAGAUGGUUACUACCACCUGAUCGGCUCCCCCCUAGCCCUCGCAGACGACGCCUACGCAGCCAAGGCCUGGGUCAGGUUUGACGACAUCCCCGCGCUCAAAACGCCUAAGAUCACCAUGAUCCAAGGCAAAGCGACGGGCGUCGACCCGGCCAGCAAGCGCGCCACCGUCCUCGAGACGGCCACACAAGCCCAGAGGGACCUGGCGUACGACUACCUCGUCGUGGCCACGGGCCUGCGCCGCGCGUGGCCCGUCGUCCCGCAGUCCCUGUACCGCAAGCAGUACCUGACCGAGGCCGGCUCCCACAUCAGCGCCGUGACCGACGCCCCCGCCGGAGUCGUGGUGGUGGGCGGCGGCGCGGUGGGCAUCGAGAUGGCGGCCGAGCUCAAGGCCGUACGCCCGCAGACCCGCGUCACGCUCGUGCACUCGCGCGACAAGCUGCUCAGCUCCGAGCCGCUGCCGGACGAGUGCAAGGACAGGGCGCUCGAGCUGGUGCGGGACGCGGGCGUCGAGACGGUCCUGGGCAGGCGGCUUGCGGGGACCGAGGAGGUGACCCGCGAGGGCGGCAAGACCGUCACCGAGGUGACCUUCACCGACGGCCACAAGAUGGACGCCAGCGUCGUCAUCAUGGCCGUCAGCAGGUCCGUGCCGUCGACCGAGUUCCUGCCCGCGGCGGCGCUGGAGGAGGAAGGGCUCAUCAGGGCCAGGCCGGACCUCAGGUUCGCGGGCGAGGUGCCCAACGCCGACGUGCACUUUGGUAUCGGCGAUGCCAUCAAGUGGUCUGGCAUCAAGCGGUGCGGCGGCGCCAUGCAUAUGGGCUACUACGCCGCGCACAACAUCCACGAGCUCGUGCUGGAGAAGCUCAAGGGCACCGCGCCCAAGUUCCUGGAGCUGGGUGAGAUACCGCCCAUGAUCGGGCUGGCUGUUGGCAAGAAGGCUAUGUCCUAUAGCCCGGGCCAGGGCGUGGAUUCUGGAGAGGAGGUGAUGAGGGUGUUCUUUGGCGACGACCUGGGUUUUGAUAUCUGCUGGAGGCAUAUGCGCCUCGGUCAGGAACUUGGUCCGCCCAAGGGCAGCCCCGUUGAGGGCUGA